CGGCCGCAAGAUAACGUUCUUUGAAACCCCCUCUCGGUUAUCUUCUUCCCCUCUUCCUUUCUCGAGCAUUUCCACGCUCCCCGCUCCUCAAUGUUUUCUUCCCCCAUUCUCCCCCUUCCUCCCCUUCCCUCUCCUUCCUUCCUCUCCCAUCGCACUCAGCUUAAGAACGGAGACAAUGCCUUCUUUGUCCCCCUUGGCAACAACAGCAGCACCAGCAGCAGAAAGGGAAGGAGGAGGGUUGUCACCGUCAGCAGAGCUUCCACCGCUCCCGUUCUCCCAUUCAAGUUCUUCGAGCCGCCUAAGGCCGAGGAGAGUUCCCUGCUCUCUGAGUUGGAGCCCGCCGACCCUGACUUCUAUAAGAUCGGGUAUGUGAGGAGCAUGCGUGCUUAUGGCGUUGAGUUCAUGGAAGGACCUAAUGGGUUCGGAGUGUACGCGUCCAAGGACGUCGAGCCGCUGCGACGAGCUAGGGUUAUAAUGGAAAUACCGUUGGAGCUGAUGUUGACUAUAAGCCAGAAGCUUCCAUGGAUGUUUUUCCCUGACAUAAUACCUGUUGGUCAUCCAAUAUUUGAUAUUAUCAACUCCACAAAACCUGAGACAGAUUGGGACCUAAGAUUGGCCUGUCUUCUUCUAUAUUCAUUUGAUGUGGAGGGCAACUUUUGGCAGCUCUAUGGUGACUUUUUACCAAGUCCAGAAGAAUGUACAAGCUUGCUUUUGGCACAUAAGGAUGACCUUUUGGAGCUGCAAGACACAGAUCUGGCUUCUAAAAUGGAAGAACAACAAAAACGAGCUAUAGAAUUUUGGGAAAAACACUGGCACUCAGCGGCCCCUUUAAAGAUAAAACGCCUUGCUUGUGAUGCUGAAAGAUUUCUUUGGGCAUUGAGUAUUGUUCAGUCACGUGCUGUUAACAUGCAAAUCAGGGUUGGAGCUCUUGUACAAGAUGCAAACAUGCUUGUUCCUUAUGCUGAUAUGUUGAACCAUUCCUUUCAGCCCAACUGUUUUCUGCAUUGGCGUUUCAAGGAUCGCAUGCUUGAAGUGAUGAUUAAUGCUGGACAGCGCAUUAAGAAGGGAGAGGAGAUGACUAUCAAUUAUAUGAGUGGACAGAAGAAUAACAUCUACAUGGAAAGAUAUGGCUUUUCAUCACCAACGAAUCCUUGGGAUGUCAUAAAUUUUUCAAGCAAUGCGAAAAUUCACUUGGAUUCUUACUUGUCAGUCUUCAACAUCUCAGGAUUGCCAGAAGAAUUCUAUCACAACAGCCUCUUAUCUAGUGAAGAAGACAAUAAGUUUGUUGAUGGAGCAGUCAUUGCAGCUGCACGGACAUUGCCUACAUGGUCUGAUGGAGAUGUACCUCCAGUCCCAAGCACAGAAAGGAGAUCUGCACGGGAACUGCAAGAAGACUGCUAUCGAUUGUUAUUGGAAUUUCCAACUACAUUAGAACAGGAUUGGCAAAUAUUGGAUUCGAACCCUGAUGCUAGUAGAACAUGUGAAGCUGCCAUAAAGUAUCGGUUGCAUCGAAAGCUAUUCCUCAAAAAGGUCAUCCAGGCAUUGGAGCUAUAUCAGGAAAGGAUAUUGUUUUGACUUGUAAAAAUUGUAUCAUGCUGUAUGAGAUUUAUCAGCGAGGUUGUGAGUUCCAGCUCUGUUAAGCACAUGUUCCUGGAGCCGCGAGCUUAUCUUGAUUUAUGGUGCACAGUUCACUGCCAUUAAAGCUUUGAAACUCCAUUAUGUGCAUAAUAUGCCCAAGUUAGCAGUAAUUUGGAAGAUCAGACGGUUAAAUGUGAGGAGUAGAUGGAAGCAGAAGAUUGGGCAGAGCAUAUAUUAUUCCAGUUCACCAACGUAUCAAGUCCCUGAUAGAAAAUUGCCAGUGAAUAUACCAUGCAGUUUGGACUUAUAAAUAUUUGAUUUUCAUCUUUCUUUAUCCUGUGGGCUAUGAAAUUUGUUGAAUGGAGGCUGAAGAACAUAAUGCGCUAACAAAGCAAGGUCUCCAGUACCAGUUGAUAAUGUAUGUACCAAUGAUAUGAUUUGCUAUCUAUCUUCUUCUGUUUCCACUGGUAUCGGGUCGAUAAAUUGACCAGUAUAUUGGUAUCUGGUAUUGUAUCGAUCUGAUAGGUUACCGAAGCUGUAUUUUAUCAAUAUCUAAAAUCUUACCAGGAAAUACUAGUUUCAUUGUCUUCUCUU